AUGGCGCCAAACAAGAAAACAAUCCUUCUCUUCGGAGAUCAAACUGACUCCUGGGUGGAUGGAAUUGACCGGCUCUAUCAGGAUGCCGCCUCUACCCCUUGGCUCCAAUCCUUUCUUGAUGAUUUGGCACACGCCUUCAAGACUCACACAGUGGGUAUGGAUGCCGUCCUUCGAAACAGUCUGGGGGACUUCGCAACUCUUCAGGAGCUCGCUGAGAAAUAUCGCCACACUACCGACGACGUAGGAAUGGCCCAGGCAUUCCUGAUCUACGCUGUCAGGGCGGGGAUACUCCUAAAAUGGGCAAAGCAUGAACCAAGUCUCUUGAGUACAGACGAAAAUCGACCUGAGUGGGUUGGUAUCUCUGGCGGCCUUAUCAGUCUUUCUGUCUUGGCUGUUGCUGAAACCUUUGAGAAAUUGUAUGAAGCAUGUCUCGAGGUCGCCGGUUUACUUGCCAGAUUGUGUCGGUUCACCUCGGUCAAAUCCAGAAGUAUGGAAGAUCGCAGCGGUGCUUGGGGCUGGACUGUACUGGGCAUCGGGGCAAAUGAGCUUCGUAGUGCCCUGGAUCAGUAUCAGCAAAGCAUGGGAAUUCCACCGAUCAAAAGAGCACAGGUGGCAGUGACGGGACAUCGAUGGAAUACGAUUGUCGGACCACCAUCUAUUCUUCAGCUUAUUGUCAAGGAAUGCCCGGCUAUCAGAUCGCUCCCUAAGAAUGAGCUCAACAUCCAUGCAUUGCAGCAUACCGUGGUUACUAGCCGAGCUGAUCUUGACUAUAUUGUUGGAGAUUCAACUCUCCUGAGUCAACAUCUUUCUCUCCCCUUCACGCUUUGGGGCAUGGAUGAUCCUAGAGCUCACUAUUCGACUUGGGGUGAUAUGCUGAGAGCAAUCUGCUCACAAGCCUUGUCUCGACCCUUGGACAUUACACAUGUUGUCAAUCAAUUGAGCUCCAAGCUAAGAUCCUUCCCCCAGCUCGAUGUCAAAUCGAUUGGCCCAUGCAGCCACUUAUCAUACUUGACCAAUGCUUUGAAGUCGGCCGGAAGAACCGUCUCUGUUGCAGACGACCAUCCACCCAGUACGCCUCCAAAGCAACUUCCAGGACGUAUCGCUAUUGUGGGUAUGGCUGGAAGAGGCCCCGGUAGCGAUAACGUGGAGGAGUUUUGGAAUGUCAUCAUGUCCAAGCUCGAUCUCUGCGAGGAAAUACCCGAAGAUCGCUUCAAUCUGGCAGAGUUCUACCGCUCUAAACAAGACAGCGGGUGUACGACAACAACAAAGUUCGGGUGUUUUAUGGACAAGCCGGGGCACUUUGACAACCGCUUCUUUCAUAUAUCACCUCGAGAAGCGCUUUUGAUGGACCCAGGCCAUCGACAGUUCUUGAUGACUACAUAUGAAGCUCUCGAAAUGGCUGGGUACUCGGACGGCGCGACAAGGGCUGUAGACCCAGCUAGGAUUGCCACCUUUUUUGGACAGUGCAACGACGACUGGCAUGAUGUGAGCCACCAUACUCUUGGAUGCGACGCCUACACUCUGCAAGGAGUUCAACGUGCUUUCGGAGCUGGACGCAUUGCUUUCCAGUUCAAGUGGGAAGGCCCAACCUACUCACUUGACUCGGCUUGUGCUUCCACUGCAUCGUCCAUACAUCUCGCAUGUACCAGUCUUCUCGCGAAGGAAACAGAUAUGGCCGUCGCUGGAGCAGCCAACGUGGUUGGAUAUCCACAUUCAUGGACCAGCCUCAGCAAAUCCGGUGUAUUGUCCGACACGGGCAACUGCAAGACCUUCCGCGACGACGCUGAUGGCUAUUGCCGAGCCGACUUUGUUGGAACCGUUGUUCUCAAGCGCCUUGAAGAUGCCAUCGCACACAAUGACAAUAUCCUGGCAGUUGUAGCUGCAUCGGGAAGAAAUCACUCUGGCAACUCUUCCUCAAUCACAACAUCCGAUGCCAAAGCCCAGGAAAAGCUGUAUCGAAAAAUGAUGCACAACGCAAGAGUAUCUCCAAACGAUAUCUCCUAUGUCGAGAUGCACGGCACUGGCACAAAAGUCGGUGAUCCAGCCGAGAUGGGUGCUUUGGCAAGCUUGUUUUCACACAGACGUACCCCGAAGCCUGUGGUGGUUGGAGGCGUCAAAGCAAAUGUCGGACACAGCGAAUCUGCUGCUGGAGUGGCUUCACUGCUCAAGUGUAUCAUGAUGUUCCAGAAGAACAUACUACCCCCGCAAGCAGGCAUGCCCCAUGCCCUGAAUCCCAAUUUUCCACCUCUCUCUGAAAUCAAUAUCGAGAUACCAUCGGAACCAAGCACGUUCGAGUCACCAGUGUCUCAGCCGAGGCGAAUCCUCCUGAACAAUUUUGAUGCAGCGGGUGGCAACGCAUGUAUCCUACUCGAGGACUUUGCGAACAAUGUGGCCAAGAACAGCGAUCCACGAGUGCAUCAUACUGUGGUUACUUCCUCUAGAACACAGGCAUCCUAUCACGGUAACAAAGCCAAGCUCUUACAAUGGCUUCGCGAGAACCCAGGAGCAAGGAUCGAAGAUGUGGCCUAUACAACCACCGCCAGAAGGACCCACCAUCCCAUACGCUUCGCAGUUACAGCAUCGUCAACUCAGGAACUUAUCAGCAAGCUCGAGGCAGAUACUGCAGACAGCCCAGCCGCCCAGAAAUCCCCUGUCGUUUUCGUUUUCACGGGUCAGGGAUCUCAUUAUGCUGGUAUGGGUAGUGAGCUGUAUGAGACCAGUCCAGUCUUUCGGGAGACUGUGAAUCUCUGCGCAACUAUCUGUGAAGAACAGAACUUCCCCCCAUUUCUGGAUCUCAUCACUCAAAGUGAUAGUGAGAUAUCCGACAAGACUACUCUGGAGGUGCAACUCGCCGUUCUCACGCUAGAAAUUGGUCUUGCUGCCCUCUGGAGGUCUAUUGGCAUCCAGCCAUCCGUGGUCAUCGGUCAUUCGCUGGGAGAGUACGCGGCUCUCCAUGUUUCUGGGGUUCUUUCCCUAGCUGAUGUCCUCUAUCUGGUCGGUCAGCGAGCCUUUUUGAUCUUGCAGAGAUGUGAGAUAAACACAAGCGCCAUGCUUUCUGUUGCCAUGCCUGUCACAGACACUCAUGCCUUCCUCGAAGCACAGGCAGAUCCCUCCUGCGAGAUAGCCUGUGUCAACAGUACAAAUGCUUCGGUGAUCAGUGGAAGCAUAGAAAACAUUACAGAACUACAAGCAGGUCUCAAGGCACGAUCGAAAAUGCUUUCAGUACCUUAUGGUUUCCACUCGUCCCAGAUGGAUCCUAUUCUGGCUGACUAUGCCGCACUCGCUGGUGGUGUCACAUUUUUAGAACCAAAGGUCCCAGUUGCCUCAACAUUGCUUGCAUCCUUGGUCGACACCUCUGGCACAUUCCACGCGGGUUACAUGGCACGGCAAUGUCGACAGCCAGUCAAUUUUGUUGGCGCUCUUGAGGCAAUUCAAUCCAACUACUCAGAUCCUGUCUGGCUCGAGAUUGGACCGAGUCAGGUUUGUUCCUCUUUUGUGAGAGCCACUUUAUCACCGUCUCCGAGCAAGAUCCUGUCUACCCUCGACAAGGGUACCAAUGCGUGGUUGUCUCUAGGGAAAUGCAUGUCCAGUCUCUACAAGAAUGGCGCAACGAUAGAUUGGCUUGCUCUUCAUCAACCAUAUGUUGACAACCUUAAGCUUCUUAACCUCCCGACAUACGCUUGGGACCUCAAGGACUUUUGGAUCAGAUACACAGAGACAAAAGAUCAACUGCCAACCUCAAUCGCGAAUGGUCAUGAGACAUUCAAGGCCAACAUAUCUACCUGUGCACAGCAAGUUGUUGAGCACAUUUCCCCACCAAACAUGAAGGUCACCUUCCGAGCAUCACUUUCCGAUCCAGGAUUCAAAGCCUUGAUUGACGGCCACAGGUUGAGAGAUAGGUCUGUGUGUCCAGGAAGCGUUUUCUCUGAGGCUGGGUUAGCUGCAGUGAGCCAUGUCCUGCAACUGCAUCCUUCCAAGAGCCUGAAGAAUCCCGCCUUGGUUCUUCGAAAUCUCAGUCUUAAGCGUCCACUGACCUACGAUCUCGUUGGACCAGACGGUGAACUCAUCACUGUUGUGGCCCCUGAGGGUUCAUCCAAUGAUACUUUCAAGGUCGCAUGGAAAGCUUCCAAGGGAAACGUCUCCUACUCUCUGGGUGAUUGUAUGGUGGCAGCUUGCGAUGGCCAGCUAAUCCAGGCUCGUUGGGAUAAGGUUUCAUACUUUAUCAGAUCCAGAGUGGAUGAGAUUGUCGCAUCGUCAAAGAGCGGGAUCAGCCACCGCCUCCAACCUCAGAUUCUUUACGGCUUAUUCGCCAACACAGUAAAGUAUGAUGCCGCUUUCAAGUGUAUCCAAGAGGCAUAUAUAUCGAGCGACUUUCAAGAGGCUGCUGCGGUAAUUGUGCUCAACUCUGAUCCAGUGGGCACAAAGUUCGCAGCCUCGCCCUACUGGGGUGAAAGUCUUGUCCAUCUUGCUGGAUUCGUCGUCAAUUCGAAUCCUAGCCGUCAGAACCAGGACACGACGUUCAUGAUGGAUGGCUUUGAAAGCUUUGAACAGACUGUUGUCCCUGAGCCGGGAAAGCCAUACCAUACGUAUGUUAGGGUGACAGGAACUGAGAGCGCUUCAAUCGUCUGCGAUGUCUACAUUUUCGAUGAAGGCAAGCUGAUCAUGCAUUGCGCUGGCCUUCAUUUCCAUGAGGUUGAGAAUGCUAUACUUGAUCAGCUUCUGGGAGGCACCAACACCAGCAACACCACCAGAGAUCAGCCUGCUCCUAUCAUGCCCCGGAAAGAAGUUCCAAAGCCAGUGCAUACCGCUGAAAAGGCUGAGGCAGUCAACAAUGACUCACAAUCGGAUGCUGGAGUCCUCGAUAGCAUUCUGAAGGUUAUCAGCAAGGAGACAGGAUCAGACUUGGCUGAUUUCCAAGAUGACACGUUGAUUGCAGACCUUGGAGUCGAUUCUAUUAUGGCGAUCGAGAUUGCAAGCCAGGUUACUGAAGAAACCGGGCUAGAUCUUCUUCCUUCCUUCAUCAUAGACUAUCCCGCUAUUGGAGACCUUCGUCGGGCGUUUGCUCCCAAGUCUACGCACACCUCACUUGACAAUGACUUGUCAAGGCCAUCUCUGGUCGAUGACACUUCUCAGGCGAUGCAAAGCUCAGGCUCAGAGUCCUUUGACCAGCCACCAACAAGUGUCACAUCAACAUCGGACUCGGGUAGCAUUGUGAAGAUUGACCUUGGGCCUGAUGAUGACUCCCCAGCCCCCAAGAUCAAGAUCACCUUGCUUCAAGGACGUCCAGGCAAUGGAAGAACACCUUUCUAUCUCAUAGCUGACGGAACGGGCACGAUAGCCACCUACAUCCAUUUGCCUCAGUUCAAAUCGCAGAUGCCUAUUUACGGCAUUGACUCACCAUUCCUCCGCUGCCCAACAAGGUUUACCACUGAUGUUGGAAUCACGGGAGCUGCGAGGUUCAUCACGGAAGCUUUGAUGAAGGCUCAGCCGGAGGGAGAUUUUGUACUUGGUGGAUUCUCUGGAGGUGCUAUGCUUGCAUACGAGGUUUGUCGACAGCUGGCAGCCGCCAACCGGAAAGUGGACAGUCUUAUGCUUAUCGACAUGUGUUCCCCCCGUUCCAAGACCGUUGAGGAUAAGAACGAUAUCGGUUGGGCCAUCUUCGAGAGCAUAUCCCGCCAGAAUGGCCUUUGGAGAUCAACAGACAUGACUCGACAACAUCUCCAAGCCAUAUUUGCUGCCGUUGCUACAUACCAUCCACAGCCUUUGAACGCUAGCGAGCGACCUAAACGGACAGCAAUUAUCUGGGCCGAAAAGGGCAUGAUUGAUAGAUGUGCUGGAGACUCUGAACUUAUGCAGAAGCUGGCUAAGCGAGGCAUCCCAACUGAGCCAUACCCCAAGUUUAUGGAAGAUUCUGAACUUGGCCCAGUUGCUUGGGGUCUUCCUCACAAGACCAAGAAGGACUUGGGACCGAAUGGAUGGGAAAGGUAUAUUGGAGAUGCUCUCUGUUUAUCCAUGCCUGCGGAUCAUCUCGAGAUGCCUAUGCCUGGGCAUGUGCACCUACUACACGAGAAGAUGACCCGAGCAUUUGAGUUCUUUAGCGAGACAAAGUAA